UUUAAAUCCCAUUUCAUAUCCUUCCCUCUCAAGCAUUCAAGCAAAAAGAAAAAAUCUCAAUUCCCUCUAAAAAAAAAGCUUCGAUUUUUCAAAAAUGUCAGGCCGUGGAAAAGGAGGCAAGGGAUUAGGAAAAGGAGGAGCUAAGAGGCAUCGGAAAGUUCUCCGAGAUAACAUUCAAGGCAUCACUAAGCCGGCGAUUCGUAGGUUAGCUCGUAGAGGCGGUGUGAAGAGGAUCAGUGGCCUGAUCUACGAGGAAACUCGUGGAGUUCUCAAGAUCUUUCUGGAAAACGUUAUACGCGAUGCUGUUACCUAUACGGAACACGCUAGGCGUAAAACUGUUACCGCUAUGGAUGUUGUUUAUGCUCUCAAGAGACAAGGAAGGACUCUUUAUGGUUUCGGUGGUUGAUUUUGGGUUUUAGGGUCUUUUUUGUUGUAAAUCUUUCGUUGCAACUGCUUGUUGUAGGUUUUUCUUUGUUUGGAUUAAUGUAUUUUCGUUUCGAUGAAAA